GCGGGCGGCGCUAGGGGCCGCGGGCAUGGGCUACGCCGACCCCUCGUCCGGCAGGGACCUGCUGGGCAACAGAACUUUGUUCUUCAUCUUCCUCUGCGCCUUCGCCCUGGUCACGCUGCUGCAGCAGAUCCUCUACGGCAGGAACUACCUCAAGAGAGGGCUGCAGUUUAGCUGGGCGAAUGGAGAGGAAUUGGCAAAUUGGACCGGCACCUUUAAUUUCACGGAUGACGGAGCAGUGAAGAGUGGCAGUGACACAGGUACAAGGUACUUUGAGUUUUAUGAAGGUCCUUUGGAGUACAACUCAACAAAAUGCCUAGAGCUGAGACAGGAUAUAAUUGAUGUGAAAGUGCUCUCUAUGGUGAAGCAAACUGAAUUGUUCGACAGGUGGAAGAGCUUGCAGAUAUGCAAAUGGGAGAUGAAUGUAACAGCAGCUAACCUAUUCAAGUCUACUCUAUCCAGAUGUUGCAAUGCCCCUGCAUUUCUAUUCACCACCCAGAAAAAUACUCCCCUGGGAACGAAACUGAAAUAUGAAGUGGAUACUAGUGGGAUCUUCCAUAUCAAUCAAGAAAUCUUCAGGAUGUUUCCAAAGGAUAUGCCAUAUUAUCGCUCCCAAUUUAAGAAAUGUGCUGUAGUUGGGAAUGGAGGGAUUCUGAAGAACAGCAGAUGUGGACGGGAGAUCAACAGUGCAGAUUUUGUAUUUCGAUGCAACUUGCCUCCUAUCUCUGAGAAAUAUACAGUGGAUGUUGGGGUGAAGACAGAUGUUGUGACAGUCAAUCCCAGUAUAAUUACUGAAAGGUUCCAUAAACUGGAGAAAUGGCGCAAACCUUUCUACGACGUGCUCCAGGUUUAUGAAAACGCAUCGGUGUUGCUGCCCGCUUUCUACAACACGCGCAACACGGACGUCUCCAUCCGGGUCAAAUACGUCCUGGAUGAUUUUGAAUCUCAGCAAGCUGUUUACUACUUCCACCCGCAAUAUCUCAUCAAUGUCUCGCGGUACUGGCUCAGUCAAGGGGUGCGGGCCAAGCGCAUUAGCACGGGGCUGAUUCUGGUGACUGCUGCCCUGGAGCUGUGUGAAGAGGUCCACCUGUUUGGCUUUUGGGCUUUCCCCAUGAACCCCUCAGGGAUUUUUAUAACUCAUCACUAUUAUGACAAUGUCAAACCUCGCCCUGGCUUCCAUGCUAUGCCAUCAGAAAUCUUCAACUUCCUUCACAUGCACAGCAAAGGUAUCCUGCGGGUUCACACAGGGACCUGCAGCUGCUGUUGAUGGUUGUGUCUUUUUCCUCCGGUGUAAAAGUGCAACAGGAACUUACUGUCUGUGUUUAGUGUAGAAGAGUUUUCUUACAUCAUGAGAUUAUGCAAUAAUUGUUUGAUACAAAUUUCUCAAGGCAUUGCAUUCCCUGGGAGCUGGGAUAGCAGCAUCUUUCCUGCUAGCUGAGUAGGGUUCAUGUUGAUUCGGGUAAAGCAAAACGCUUGUGUCACAAGAUAUGCCCUGCCCUAGAAAUCAAGUCAA